AUGGCUACCGACAUAUGGAACGAUUAUCCACACUUUGUGAACAACUUCAUACCAAAGCUCACUGUACCGAAACUCAAGCACGUCGCCGAGGCCAUCACGCGUAUUGCGGGCAUCAAUUUGCACCUGCGCAGCGGCGAACGGAAGCAGGAUGUGGUCGACAAGAUCCGCACCGCGUUCGAGACCAUUAAGCGGCAGAACAACACGGGUGUGUACCGCGCCGUGCGCAAAGAAGCAGAGGCCAUCGCAAACGGCGGAGCAAGCAACCCCGUCAUGCCGCCACCAACGUUCGGAGGCGUCCACCUGAACCACCACUACGGCGGCGGCGCCGCUAGAGUCGCGCGCCCGCAGGCGCCGGCGGCGAGAGCUGGAGCGUCCUCCGGCUGGCACCAGGCUCCCGGCGCGUCAAGUUUAUACCAGCAGCAUCCGACACAUCAGAACCGAUUGGAAGCCGAGCCCGAUGUGGAAGCCGAUAAAGGCGCUCACUAA